CCCAGCAUGCAACGCGCCGCAGUUUGAAUGGCGCUGCUGGCUGCGGCGAGUGGGCCGCGGUGUUAGGACGCCAGCGCCGCUGCUGCCAAUUCCACGGCUGGCAUCGGAGUCCCGGGCAGCGGCGGAACCCCUGGCGCGCUGGACCAUGAGCGGCAGCAGGAAUUGUGGAGAUUAUGGCAUCUGAAGCUCAAAAUGUUAGAAAACGGAACCUGUUAUGUAUUGAGGGUCGUCCUAUUAAUCUCCCUAAGAAAAGGAGCUCUCAUUCCCUUAAUGAGAAUAUGAAGGAGGAUAAGGAAUCUACAAAACAUUUGGCUUCUUGCACAAGCAGAACAACAGUUGGACAAACGCUAACCAGCCCUCAUCCUCUGUUCAAAGUAGCAUAUUGUAGAAGAAAGGCUCACUACUAUUCUCCAAAGCCUUGUUUCAGAAAGAAACAGCUCCCUAAAGUUAGAGGCCGUGACAUGGCAAAUAAGGAAAAUGAACUAGCCUGUGCAGGUAACCUGCCAGCCGAAUUCCCUCCUAAUGGUCGUACCUUCUUACUGAACUCCAGUGAUGCUGGCCGAUCUCAAACAGAAAGUUCAUCAAAAUACAGUGGGUUUUUUUCAGAGGUUUCUGAAGAUCAUGAUACGAUGGCCCAAGUUCUUUUCAGUAGAAAUCUCCGACUGAAUGUAGCUUUAACGUUUUGGAAGAAGAAAAGUAUAAGUGAACUUGUAGCCUAUUUAGUGAGGAUACAAGAUCUGGGAGUAGUUGUAGAUUGUCUCCCUGUCCUUACCAGAAGUUUACAGGAAGGUAAAGCUUAUAUUUCGGUUGGUUGCUGUGUAGACCUUCUACCAUUAGUAGAAUUAAUCCUUAAAAGCAAAUUUGAAGAGUAUGUAAUUGUUGGUUUAAAUUGGCUUCAGGCUGUGAUUAAGAAAUGGUGGUCAGAACUUUCUGUCCAUAAGGAUAAGAUAGAAGAUGGAAAUAUUCAGAUUUUAAAAGAACAAUUAAGUAUAUUGUGGAAACAAGAAAAUCAUCUUACUUUGGUUCCAGGAUAUACGGGUAAUAUAGCAAAGGAAGUGGAAUCUUAUUUGUUACAGUUGCACUGAUAUACUUGGAGGACAAAGCCGUGUGUGCACUAAUGUGCUUAAACAGAAAUAGUCAACAGUAACACUAAGCAAGAUACUCUUUCCAAAUAAUUCCUCAUCUGAGGACUGUCUUUGACAGAAGAAGGCUAGACCAUUUGAUUAUUUAAUGCAAACACUAAAUAUACAUCUGCUUCACAUUGAAGUGGAAAAAAAAUCUAACAGGAGCAACUUUUACUUCAGUGAGGUGAAAGUGCACUAUGAAAACUGUAUGUAUGCCUUUGCCGCAUUUGGGGGAUAUUUUCAGUUACCUGGUGAAAUCGUGAAAGUGUUUCUUCUACAUAACUAUAAUACAACAAAACUGAAUUGUGAAAAGAGUUGAAAACCAUUACUAGGAACCACAAAAGACCAUUCGCCAUAAAGAUUUUUUUAAAUCAUGUUUUUCUUAUGAAUUAUAAAAAUGUAUUUUCAACUACGUUACAAAUUUUGAGUUUUGAUGUACUGAAUUUCUGAAAUGUGUCUGCUAUAUUAAUCAAAAUAUUAAAGACUGUUUUUGUUGCACUACUGAAAAACUGUAUCUAGCAAAGAGGCCUUAACUACUAGAAUUGCAAAUAGCCAAUAUGUUAGGAUAUCAUAUAGCCAAUAUAUUAAAUAACUAUAUAGAGGGAUGGAAAUUCCUUUGAAAAACAAUCAAAAGUGUUUACACAAAUUGUGUACAAAUCAUUUUGAAACGUUUUGCACACUGAAUUAUAAUGAAGUGGGUUUUCCACUAAAUUGACUACUUAAAUACCUGUAUGACUUAAUUAUAAGAGUAUUAAAAUGUAGAACACGGAAAAAGUUAACUGUAAAGAUCAACAGAGUAGUGAUUCUGGAUAUCUUGCAGAAUUUUAAUACUUUUUCUAAUAUAUUCUACUCUUUAUAGUUUGAAUUAAAUUCAGUUUAGUAAAUGUACUAAUGUUACUGUUUUAAGUUCAGAUUUUUCCCACUUCAAAACCUUUUCUGCUGUUCUUUGGAUAUUUAAAACUCCUAGAAAUGUUUACAGCCUGACUAGACUUGUGCGUUUCAGAUUUAACAGCGCAGCUGCUACCUCUUCUAACAAAUGUUGCUGCAAAGCUUUCAGAUGUAGAUGCCACAUGGUCAAAUUCCUAACUUAACACUGAUUAAAAAACAAACAAACCAAUAAAUACAGUACAUCCCAUGUAUAAGUUUUACAGCUGUAUUUUUGGUUAUUUGUGACAUUUUAGGACAGUCUUCUAUGGAUUACUUGAUCAUUUGAACUGAAAAACAACUUGAUGUGUUUCUAAGAUGGCACCUUUGUUUUAUAUAAGUAGAAAACAGAUAUUUCCAAAUAAAAGUUUAGGAAGUGCCAGCAGUGCACCAAAAUGUAAAAUGAAAUGUUUGUAGCAUGCUACCAAAGCUGCUCAUUAUAUUUAAUGCUAAUCCCACUAAUUUUAAAUAUUAGUUUUAUGUAUAUAAACAACUGCAGGCUGUAAGAGGCCUUAUGUAAAUUUCCUUAUAAAAACAAUUCUGAAUUGUUAAAAUCAAAAUUAAAAGUCUAGUUCUGUUGACUUACAGACUCUUCCAGCUCUACAGAAUCAUUCAAAUAUUUCAUAUCUUUAUAUAAGAGAAAAGCUGUCUUGCUCUUCAACCAACAGAGCUAAAAAUAAUUUAGGGACUAAAUAUGUAAAAUCAAUCAUUAUUACCAUAAUGUUUUUAAGGUCUUACUAUAUGAAAUCAGUAGCAUCAAUAACAGACUGUAUAAUUCUAAAACAUUACUGUACUCAUCUGAUCAACUAACCUAAGCUAAGUAGCAAUUUUAUGCUCUUUCACAUGGACCUCCUAUUUCAUAGGCCAUUUUGCCUUGAUAAUUGCUUUUUCUUUUAUUCCAUUCUACAGAAGGAUGGGUAAUAUAAAGUGGCAUUGCAAAAACUAAAGGCUUAAAAUAGUUAUGAAUGAAGUAGACUGAGAUUUUGGGAUAUUUUGUGUAUGAGAUUUGAUUUUUUUUACAAACGCUAAGACAUACUAAAUGUACUUUACUUUUGUUGCUUUGUUUUCCAUUAAAAUUGAUUUUAAAUCAUACAUCUACACUUUAUGCAACAUCAGCCCCUAGAAAAUGCAACAGGGAAUGAGCCACCAAUCAGUUAUAAUGACUUACACAUUAGAUGUACCUAGCCUCAGUAUAUGCUGCACCAGUCUGUAGUAAACAAAGGAUGAAUAAGGUGAAGCAUCAGAAGGGUGUGCUUUACAAAGUCAUAGGACUGUGCAGCAGUACAGGUAGUUCUCACUUAGUGACCAGAAUUGGGAUUGGAAAUUCAGUCAUUAAGUGAUGCAGUUGCUAAGUGGGAAAUCAUAUGGCUGUGACUGCUUUAUGAUUUUAGUUAAGCUUUCCUUUUCCCCCACUCCCCUGCCUUUUGAAAUGCUCACUCCAAGCUAGGAUAAUUACUAAGUAGGGAUUUAAUAUUUCUAUUUACAUUCAUUGGAGAGGGAGGAACUACAAGAAGGUAAGCAGACACACAAUGCGGGAUGCACAUUGAAAAGAAUGCAACAAUGGACAAUAUGAGCACAUUCCUUGCAAUGUAUAUUCAUUGCCUGCUUACUCUUCUUGUAAUCUUUCUCCAUUCUCUGCUCUGUGAGGUUAAAAAAAAGAAACAGCUCAUGUACAGGACAAUAUAUAGGAUUGUAAUGGUGACAAAUGACUGAGGAAUGCUGCAAAGAUUGUAAAAGUUCAGCUUGGUCAGUUAUCUUUUCAACACUGUCAAACUUUAAAAUGAUUGCUGCACAAGGCAAUUGGUAAGCAAAGUUUGCCUGUAUA